AAACACUCAAAACAUCUAUACUAAGUUUUCUUUUUCUCGUACAAAUGGUCGACCAUAUAUAAAUUUUUCUCUCCUCCAAAACUUUCAAAUACUUUUUUUUCUUUUCUUCUUGGGAUUAAAUUCUUCAAACCCAACAUGGCCUUUAAGUUUCUCCAAAACCAUCCAAUUCUUGCUCUCAUUCUAGCUUUGUUAUUCGCCCAUGAAAUUUUGUGCACAGCCUUUGCUGCCUCUGGUGGCAGAAUGGGCGGUUCUUCCUUCGCUUCAGAUAAAGAAUCGUCUUCAUAUUUGUCUUCUAAGUCUUACAAUAUAUAUCAUUAUGACAAUUACCCAAGAUUUAGUAGUGGAUAUGUUGAUGAUGAUAUUGAUAGCCUAAGGGUCAAUGAGAAACAUGAGGGUACGAGUGUGUGGUUUUUUAUUUUACCAUUUGGGUCUUUUGUGGGGAUUUUUCUUUUGAUCGCUUAUCUUAAUAGAGCAAGUGUUCUCAGGGUUCAGGUUGGGUUCUCAGGCAUUGCUCAUUCAAUUCAAAGAGAACUUAGUACACUUGCUACAGCUGUAGACACAUCUAAAAACAAGAGCUUCCACUUCUUCUUAACAGAGUCUGCAGUAGCUCUGCUUCGGCAUCGAAAUUACUGGAUUUCUGGUUAUUCAUCUGUGGAACGGAGGUGGAAUCUUGAAGCUGUGGAAAAGGAAUUCAGACAACUUUCAACUGAUGAGAGGUUGAAAUAUGACAUUGAGUCGCUUGUCAAUGUUGACAACAUGAAAGUACAAAGAACCUUUAUCCCAAGGAACAACAAAGUUGAAAAAAAUUUCAUAGUGGUAACAAUCCUGGUAGCUGUUAAAGGUGCAUUAAAUCUACCUGAAAUUAAAAGUACUGAAGACUUGAGGACAGCCUUGAAUUACUUGAAUACCAUCAGUUCCAGUAAUACACUGGCAGUAGAGGUGCUUUGGAGCCCGCAGGCAGAACAUGAUACAUUGUCAGAGGAUGAAUUGCUUGAAAACUACCCUCUUUUGAGGCCGAUAUGAUAAUGAUAAUUGCAAUCUGUUCGGAAGUCUGUAUGGCAUAUACCAUUUUUGGCUCGUAAAGGCACUUGAAGAAGAAAAUAAAUUUCAGAGGAUGAAUUGCUUGAAAACUACCAUCUUUUGAGGCCGAUAUGAUAAUGAUAAUUGCAAUCUGUUCGGAAGUCUGUAUGGCAUAUACCAUAUUCGGCUCGUAAAGGCACUUGAAGAAGAAAAUAAAUUAUCUAUGUCUUUGUAACAUAUUUUCAAGUACAGAAUUAACUUGUUUUAUAUUUCCGCCUAGUUGUAUUAAAAACUUUUACUUUAGUUGAAAUGCCAUAUCAGAAACUUAUUUCAA